AUGGAUCAGGAUUUCAACACCUCCACCUUAGGCGAUGCCAAUGAUGAUUUCUAUGCCGAACUCACCAGACAGAUUCUGCUACUUACAGACGAAGAUGAUGAUGUUCAAGUGAAGAAAAAGGGUGGUCGGAGGUUUAACCAGAGAUCAGUCGGUGGUGGUGGAUGGUCAUUGAUGCCGGGAAACUAUUUUUUCAGUUGGUUGGAAGGCGGGGAGGUUGAGGUUCCUGGUUGGAUGGAGAGAUUGUGGGCGGCAAACGGUGGUGGCACCGGAGUGUUUAUACCUCGUGCCGUACACCGGUCAAGAAGAAGACAUAACAAACCAAGGAGGAACAAUGACAAGGGAAAAACACAUCCAGCACCGGGACUCGAGGAUCUUGGAUCAUCAUAG